UAAACUUUUGUUUUAUCUCAAAGGUUAUACCUAAUUUGUGCCCCGAACUAGUUACUACUGACCAUUGUCAAACUCCUUCCAAGUAUGAUAUGUUUAUGCAUGAUUCUAUGACACUUGAGUAAAAUCUUCGAUAGCUGAAAUUCUUGUUUCACUGCACUAAGUUCGUGUAUGUAUGCAUCUCUGAAUCUGUUUUACUAGGUACUCUCUAGUUCUGCAGCAUAUUGUGUUUAUAAUUUCAAAAACUAGCUCUUGGUAACCAUGAGCAUGACCCUGUGAUAGUUUGAGUAACACCUGUGCUAACUGGAAUUGCCGUUUCACUGUGUUGAAUGGAUUCUGUGUGUGUAAUCUCUAGCUUUGGAAUCUCACAUGCAUUACUUCCCCGUAGUGUGAAUUACUUGGUUGUCUGAUAGCCAUAACAUGUUGAUUGAUGUUCUGUCUUAAGGAAGAGAAACAUGUCAGGAUUUUGGACUGGUAUUGGGGAUAAGAAACCAUCGCAUAAAUCAAUUAAGGAACUUGCACAAGAGCAUGUUGCACGUUAUGAGUUUCCAACAAACCAUAAUGUUAAUAGUUAUAGGGAUUAUUAUGGGCAUCUUCAUCGUCCCGAGCUUCCAUAUACAGACCCUAAUGAUUAUUCACACAUGUAUCACUCAGCACAGUGUGCAAAUGAACAUUUCUAUGGUGCCCCACCCACACAUUCAUCAUCUAUGGAUCAUCUGAUCAGUCGAGUUGAAGUGUUGGAGGCGGGAAAAUUUGGGGAAAAUGUUGCGCCUAAGUCAUCUAGCCCAACUGAAGUCAUUGUGUGUCUCGUGUGUAGAAGCACAAAUCAUUUAACCAAGCAUUGCCCUGAAGUGUUUGAUUUUAGGCAGUCUAGAAUGGACCAUGAUAACUUUUUCUAUCAAAUACAAGAAAGUACCCCCUACUCACAGACUUGUGACCUAGAGUAUUUAGAUGACCCAAAUUUUGCAUGCACUGAUGGGUAUCUCCAAGGUAAUCCAUAUGUCAACACUUCUGGAUUUCUGUCUUUUAGUGAUCCUCAUGAACAGCCAUGUACUGAACAUCCACCUGAAACGAUGUUACCCUCCACUCCCCUUGAACAACUUAAUAUGCUUUUAAAAAUGAAUCUGAUUCAUUUACAGAAUGGGGGAAGGGAGGAAUUUCAAGAUGAAUUGUUUGUUAGUCCUAAUGAAUUAAAUUUUGAAAGCAAUGCAUUUAUUCCUACUCGUGCAAAUAAUAUUGAAUAUGAACCUGAUAUAGAGGUACAUAAAUGGAGUAGAGACACUAUGGUUUUGAAUGGGGUAUUGCAUCCUUGUUACGAUGAUGAUGAUAAUGAUUUAAUGUUAGAAGAGCAUGUUUACUCUGAAAAUGUUGUUGUGGAAUCUUCUGUUACUGUAACCUUAGAUUUCGUUGCUGCGACUUUGAAAAAUGAUGUUUCUUCUGAUUUUCUUAUCUGUAACUCUGAAGUUUUGGAUGAUGUUGAUAUUGAUUUAGGGCUUGUACAAAUGUUCUGUGACGGAGAGCAUAACACACAACUAAUGGAUAACUUAGGGAAGGUCGAAUUUUCAGUUGACACCAAUGAUCAUAUGUGUGAAAAUAACCUUGAUGUGUCUAGUUCCCUGCCUAUGUCAAAAUGUGUUGUGUAUUCUGAUUUUCUUAUGCAUGAGAUGGAGACUUUGAAUAAUCAUGAUUAUGAAUUUGGGCUUGUUGAACUGUUCUAUGAAUGUGAGCACGCUGCGACACUUGCAGAUGAUUUAGGAGAUAUUGAUGUGACUAAUAAUGAUGUGUCUAUCCUCCUGCUUAAGUAACAAUCUGAUGGUCUUGCACCCGACCUAGGUUUGGUUUGUCACAAAAUUUUUAAACCAACUAUUCUGAGAGUUCCUAAUCUAGGUCUGGAACUGUGUGCUUCUCAAGUCCUUUUGGACCAUUUUGCAGCUAAGUAUAGUAUCUCUGAAGAGCCACAUUUGGAAUGCAUUGAUAUGUCUAUGCCCGUCCCUAGCAAAUUCCACUUUGAAUUAGACCUUGUGCAUGAUGCACCCCCAAAAUUACUAGAUUUUGUGUCCAAAAACAUAGCAGUUGAAAAAUUCAGGUUUGGGGGUAGCUUGGUCACUUUGAAUGUCACACUGGCUGUUUUCUAUUGUUAUAUAUGCUUGAGGCUAUCGAUAUUUCUGCAUGUCGUUUCCUGGGUUGAUCCUCAACUCUUUAGGUUGUAUAUAUAUGGUGAACCAUCCUUGUAUAGUCCAUUAGGUAAUCUUACAAUAUUAUUUUUUUUUAUCUUGAGUCAAUUGAGUCUUAUUUUGUUUCACUUUUCUCUUGUUUUGUAUAUAUUGUGCUAAUCCAUUGUGAAUAUCAGCUGAUUUCCUUGGAUUCUAGCGUUGAAUAACGGAGUUCUAAUCUUGUUUUCGCUGACAUCUGGAUUAACAAAUAUUGGGAGAUUCAUAAAGUGAGCAGGUGACUGAAAACUGAGUGGCAGAGGUAUUAUGGAAAGCAGAAAUAUUUGCAACAAAUGGUGGGUGGCUAAGAAGUGGAAGAAAUUCAGGUGUCGGUGCAGCCGGUCUUGUGCUGAUCAUGUUGUAUAUUAAUAGCCAGAGUGUAAGGCUAGGUGUUAUUCACCUUUUAGGAGCAAAGGAAGCCAAACAAUCUAAUCUCAUAUACACCUAAGCUAGGUAUUUUUUCUUAACAUCUAAACAUCCCCUUAUCAUCCUUCCCAAUAACAUUUCCAAGAUCAGAACUUAUUCUCUCUUUCUCCUUAUUUUACCCGACAACAGUACCAUUGAACCCAUUUUUCUUCCUCUCUGUAAACCCCAUCAUCUCUACUGCCAAACCAGCACCAUAUCCCUAUCUCAAUUGUACCACUUUCUAAUCCAGAAACAUCACAUCCAACUUCUCCUUUUCUCUUUCUUUUGUCAUUGUUUUUAACCUAAGCCUAGAUAUGAACUGUACAACAAUAGGUCGGAUGAUUGGUUUCAAAAGCGACAGAAUUGACAAACUUGAAAUCUGAAUUUGUUGCUCCUUGAAAACUACAACAAAGGAAAUAGGAAAUUAUCGAGUGAACACAAGCUACAGACGUUGUUAAUUUAGGUCUGAACCUAAUUUAUAUACAACAUCAAAAUUGCCGUCUGUUUAAAGAAAUAAGGUGGAUGUGAAUGAAGAGUGCUACAUCGGCGGUGAGUGAAAAGAAUUCAAAUGCCUAAAUUUCUUCUUGUGCAUUUAUUUAUUAUUGGGAUUUGGAUGGUGGGAGAACUCUUGUAUAAAUAGGGAGGAGUAUGCAUUUUGUAAACUAAGCCCGGACUAGCCGGAGCAAUUAGCAGUAAUAUAUUAGGUUUAAUUUCAUUUUGUAUUAUGUUCUAAACAUCUUUGCUAGGGCUGAUGAAGCCCUUAGCUUACUGCUAGUUGCUUAUGUUGAUGAAAAUGUUCUUGUAGAGCUUAAUUGAAUAGGAUUCAGUUUAGUCUUCAUGUUGCAA